CGUAAGGGCAAGAAUCCAAGACAUAAUUCCUUUGAUCUCUUGCCGGAACUCUGCACGUAAACGGCAAACUAUCUCAUACCGCAAGUUUUAAGCCGACAGGAAAAGCCCAAAGUUGGUCGCGAAAACCACUAUUCGCCGUCGGCUUUUACUUCAAUCUCGCAGUUUAUUCCGCGACAUUACGCGCUCAUUACCCCGAGUACCGAGUGCGGAGAAGGAUUAAGAAAAAUGGCCUCCAGAUGUCUGCACAUUUCCCCUCUUUUCGCUCAGUGUCGUCGGGCAAAGUUGCCCGCUAGGAAAAUGCAUGCGUUAUUCUGCUUCUACUCGGAUUGAGACCUCCUCAGCCGGUCGAUCUAUUGCUAUUGUAGCCGCGAGCCACUUCUCCCCAAACGAUCGUGAAUUCUGUGUUAAUCGACUUGCGAUGUCGAAUGGUAUUCUUCGGGUGGCUGGCGACCAAGUGGUCGAUGGCAAAGGCAAUCCGGUCAUCCUCCGCGGUGCUGGCUUGGGAGGAUGGAUGAAAAUGGAAAACUUCAUUACCGGGUUUCCUGGCCAGGAACGACAGCAUCGGGCGGCCAUGCUCGAGGUGCUAGGACAAGAGAAGUACGACUUCUUUUUCGACAAGUUUCUCGAAUACUUCUUCACUGAUGCCGAUGCCCAAUUCUUUGCAUCACUGGGCUUGAACUGUAUCCGCAUCCCGUUCAACUACAGACACUUCGAGGAUGACAUGAACCCAGGUGUCUUGAAGAGCAGCGGUUUCAAGCAUCUUGACCGGGUGAUAGACAUAUGUGCCAAACACAACAUCUAUACGAUUUUGGACUUGCACAGCCUCCCGGGAGGCCAGAACCCAAGCUGGCACUCAGACAACGUCUCCGCCUAUGCUGCUUUCUGGGACUUCAAAGAGUUUCAGGACCGUGUGGUGUGGCUUUGGGAACAGCUUGCCCAUCAUUACAAAGGCAACCCGUGGAUAGCAGGAUACAACCCCAUCAAUGAGCCGGCUGAUGAAAAACACGCGCGCCUCCCAGCGUUUUACGACAGGCUCGAUGUUGCGAUCCGUAAAAUUGACCCAGACCAUAUUCUCUACCUGGAUGGCAACACCUUCUCGAUUGAGUGGAAACACUUUGAUCGCGUGAUCCCCAACUCAGUGUACGCUUUGCACGACUACAGUCUCAUGGGCUUUCCCAUGGGGGAUCGCUACAAAGGAACCCCGGAGCAGCUCCAGAAACUUGAGAGCCAGUUCCUGCGCAAGGCCAAAUUCCAACACGAACACUCUGUUCCCAUUUGGAACGGAGAGUUUGGCCCUGUCUACGAAGAUCCUGCAAAGAACCCCGACGCCGAAGAGAUCAACUCAGAGCGCUACGCACUCCUCGGCGCUCAGCUGAAUGUCUAUGACAAACAUGCUAUACCAUGGAGCAUUUGGCUCUACAAAGACGUCGGGUUCCAGGGCAUGGUCUAUACUGAUCCAAAGAGCAAAUACAUGCGCACCAUUGGCUCAUUCCUAGAGAAGAAGCGCCGACUCAAUUUGGACGCCUGGGGCCGAUCUCCGAACCCAGAACUCGAGGCCUUGGUAGCUCCGCUGGUUGCCUGGAUUGACAGUAACGCACCUGCCGCGAAACAUGUGUAUCCGACGACAUGGGAUACGACUCGGCACGUUUACCGGUCUGUGAUGGAGAUAUUUGUCUCGGGAAGCUUUUCCAUCGAGUUUGCGAAGCUCUUCGAGGGCAUGGGCUUUGAAGAGCUUGAGGAAUGUGCACGCAGCUUCGCCUUUGAGAAUUGCGUGCAGCGGGAAGGUCUGAACCGCAUCAUGAGCGAGCAUGCUGUGCUUACUGCCUCGAAAGCUACCUAGUCAAUGGUUGAGUUUGGUAAUUCGGCUUUGUCUUGGUUUGUCUUGAACUUGUAGGGCACUUCUUUAUUCUAUUUUCCAAUCCAACAAUUCUCAUCCCA